GUUUUAUUUUAUUUGACAAAAGACCGUAAGAGGGUAAGACCAAGACCAGUUCAACUAAAAUUUACUUCUUCAAUCGCAACAUAGUAUUGUAUUAUUUUAUUCCGAAUUCUUUUGCAAGUAAAUACUAACUGAAAUACUGUGAGUUUAAAUUGUGUAACGUGUAGUUGUCUCGGUAACCAACCCGGUUAAUACAUCUUUUAUUAUAUUCAUCAAACACCGGUAAAUUGCAAACUAGAAAAGGAUAGGCUAUGGAGCAAGCUAAAGAACAGACACAGUCUAAAGUGCCCAUGGUUUACAUUUGUGGAGAAUGCCAUCAUGAAAAUGAGAUCCGACCCAGAGACCCAAUCCGAUGCCGAGAGUGUGGUUAUCGUAUCAUGUACAAGAAGAGGACAAAAAGAUUGGUUGUGUUUGACGCUCGUUGAAGACGGCUCUUCAGUUGAAUUUAAGUUAUAUACUAUUUUGUGGUAAUAUAAUGAUUGUAAUAAUGGUUUAACUUUGUAAAUAAAAUAAGGUACUUUUGUU